UGCUAUAGGUAGCGACUAUAGUUAGGGGGUACCUGGCAUCCGGGCCCGCCCCCUACUUCCCAGCAGGGUGUCACGCUCCCCUGAAGACUGGAUAACUGUCAUGGAGGAUUCACAGUCGGAUAUGAGCAUCGAGCUCCCUCUGAGUCAGGAGACAUUUUCAUGCUUAUGGCAACUUCUUCCUCCACAUGAUAUUCUGCCCACCACAACGACAGGGUCACCUAAUUCCAUGGAAGAUCUGUUCCUGCCCCAGGAUGUUGCAGAGUUGUUAGAAGGCCCAGACGAAGCCCUCCAAGUGUCAGCUCCUGCAGCACAGGAACCUGGAACUGAGGCCCCUGCACCCGUGGCCCCUGCUUCAGCUACACCGUGGCCUCUGUCAUCUUCCGUCCCUUCUCAAAAAACUUACCAAGGCAAGUAUGGCUUCCACCUGGGCUUCCUGCAGUCAGGGACAGCCAAGUCUGUUAUGUGCACAUACUCAUCUUCCCUCAAUAAGCUAUUCUGCCAGCUGGCGAAGACAUGCCCUGUGCAGUUGUGGGUCACCUCCACACCUCCACCUGGUACCCGUGUCCGUGCCAUGGCCAUCUACAAGAUGUCACAACACAUGACUGAGGUCGUGAGAUGCUGCCCCCGCCAUGAGCGUUGCUCUGAUGGUGACGGCCUGGCUCCUCCCCAGCAUCUUAUCCGGGUGAAAGGAAAUCCGUAUGCUGAGUAUCUGGACGACAGGCAGACUUUUCGGCACAGCGUGGUGGUACCUUAUGAGCCACCUGAGGUCGGCUCCGACUAUACCACCAUCCACUACAAGUACAUGUGCAACAGCUCCUGCAUGGGGGGCAUGAACCGCCGGCCCAUCCUUACCAUCAUCACGCUGGAAGACUCCGCUGGGAACCUUCUGGGACGGGACAGCUUUGAGGUUCGUAUUUGUGCCUGUCCUGGGAGAGACCGUCGGAAAGAGGAAGAAAAUUUCCACAAAAAGGAAGAGCAUUGCCCGGAGCUGCCCCGGGGGAGUGCAAAGAGAGCACUGCCCACCAGCACAAGCUCCUCUCCCCAGCAAAAGAAAAAACCACUCGAUGGAGAAUAUUUCACCCUUAAGAUUCGUGGGCGUGAGCGCUUCGAGAUGUUCCGAGAGCUGAAUGAGGCCUUGGAAUUAAAGGAUGCCCGUGCUGCCGAGGAGUCAUGAGACAGCAGGGCUCACUCCAGCUACCCAAAGUCCAAGAAGGGCCUGUCUACAUCCCGCCAUAAAAAACCAGUGAUCAAGAAAGUGGGGCCUGACUCAGACUGACAGCCUCUGCGUCCUGUCCGCAUCACCAGCCUUCCCCUCCCCUCCUUUCUUGCCAUUUUAUGACUUUAGGGCUUGUUAUGAGAGCUGACAAGACAAUGCUAGUCCCUUCACUGCCUUUUUUUUUUACCUUGUAGAUAGUACUCGGCCCCCUCUAUGCAAACUGGUUCCUGGCCCAAAUUGGGGAAUGGGUUGGUAGUUGCUGGGUCUCUGCUGGUCCAGUAAAAUCCUAUCCGGCCAGUUGUUGGACCUGGCACCUACAGUGAAAUUUCACCCCACCCCACUGCCUGUAAGAUUCUAUCUUGGGCCCUCAUACGAUCUGUAUCCUCCAGGACCCAUUUCCUCCACUCUGCAAAGCCUGUCUGCAUUUAUCCAUCCCCCACCCCUCUCCCU